AUGCUCGACGGCGCUGAGGUCGCAAAGCACAACACCCGCGAGUCGUGUUGGGUCAUUGUCAACGGCCACGCGUACGAUGUGACGGAUUUCCUGGACAAGCAUCCCGGCGGUGCGACUGUUAUCUUGAAAUAUGGCGGGAAGGAUGCGACGGAGGAGUAUAACGCGAUCCACGCGGAGGGCACGAUUGAGAAGUAUUUGCCUAAAGAGAAGCAUCUCGGGGUAGUGGAUCCGGCGACCAUCGCUGUGAAUCCUAAACCCAAAGCUCAGCAGGUCAAAUCUUCGGACCCCAUCCCCCUUUCCAUGUGCCUUUGUCUAGACGACUUCGAAGCUGCGGCAGAAAGAGUCAUCAAUCGCAGGGCAUGGACGUACUUCCACUCCGCCGCAGACGGACUCAGCGCUCUGCGAAACAACCAGCAGGACUGGGCCAAGGUCCUGCUUCGACCGCGCAUUCUGCGCAACGUCAAGCGAGUCGACAUGCGCCGGGUGAUGCUGGGCCAGAAGAGCCGGCUGCCGUUCUUCAUCGCCCCUGCUGCACGGGCAAAGCUGGCGCACGAAGACGGCGAGCUGUGUCUCGCCAGAGGAGCGGCGCGCGCAGGCAUCCCGUACUGCACGAGCACCGUGUCGACCGUGUCGCACGACGAGCUCGCUGCGUGUCUGCAGGCCGAAAAGGUGUACAAAGACGAGGGCUGUCUCUUCUUCCAGCUGUACGCCGCGAAUGACCGGCGCGUGACGAUCGACCGGAUCGAGACGGCGCGGAGGUUGGGCUACAAGGCCUUGGUGAUCACGGUCGAUUCUGCGGUGGUGGGCAAACGCGAAGAGGAUGAACGGUACCGCGCGGAGUUGGACUAUCUGAACGGCAACGAGGUUGACCCAGCUGCGUACGUCAAAGUUGCCGAUGACGAGCCUCCCGUGCUGCGGGCGUUCCACAGCCCGACCCUGACGUGGGACGACUUGAAGUGGAUCCGCGAGUUGUGGGGGAACUCUGGGCCCGUUGCUCUCAAGGGCAUCCAGACGGUGGAAGACGCGUUGCUAGCGGCAGAAGCUGGGGUCGACGCUAUAUAUCUGAGCAACCACGGCGGGCGUCAGUGCGAUGACGCGCCCAGCUCGAUCCGCACGUUGGUCGAGAUACGAAGAUUCGCGCCUGAGCUGCUGCAGAAAGUGGAGAUCUACCUCGACGGCUGGGUGCGACGAGGCGCGGACGUGAUCAAAGCGUUGUGUCUGGGGGCCAGGGGCGUAGCGCUGGGGAGGCCGUUCAUUCCUGAGCGAGGAGAUCGAGACGACCAUGCGAUUGAUCGGCGUCACGAGCCUCGACCAGCUGAACCCAAGCUAUGUCGACACUACGAUUCUAGAGAGGGACAUUCCUCAGCGGCUGCCGUCUGUAGAGGCUGA